GAAAAAUAAAAAAUAAAACAACCAAUUGUAAUAAUUAUUAUGAUAUUAUUAUAUAAAUAUUCUUAGAAUUAUACGUAAAUUAUUUAUAUACUAGGGUCAGUGGCUUCACUAGCUGUUUACCGUAAAGACAAAAAAACAAUAUCGAUGGGCGAAUUAAUUACAAAAUUAAUUAAUUCAGUCUCAAAACCGUAAUCUCUUAUGCUUUCUUCGUCAAAAUAAUACGACAAGUAUCGUAGUAUUAACUAUUAUUACGUUUUAUCGCGGUCCACGUUAAUUAAAGACCACUUCUAUGGCUUAUUGAGAUGUAUAAUAUCAUAUUGUUAGAUAAUGCCAAUUAGAAUACCUAGUCGAGUAAUCAACUAUUUAUUUAUAUUUUUUUUUUGUGAAACGGAAACCCCAAAAACGUUGCACCAAGUAGAUAGAACAAGAAUAAAUUGUCCUAUUUAUUUUUCAUAAUAUGUACUGUGUGGCCGUGAGAUAGUAAUAUAUUUCAUUUAAAUCUCUGCUGGUUGAAAAAAUAACAACUUAUUGAUGAACACAUUAAUAUUUAUUUACGAAACAGGCAAAGGCCCAAGAUGAUAUGGAGUAUCACUAGAUGUUUAGAAAUUCAUAAAAAUACAAUAAUCAAAUUUUCAAAAUAGCACAUACCUACAUAGUGACCUAGCCAGUACCAGCUUAAAUUUAAAAAUUUAGAAACUCAGAAAUACAGAAAACCACAAUGGCGACUGUUUCAAAAUCAUCUACUUCCUAUAAUUUAUCUACUAGUUCAGACUCAGAAAAUGAAAUUAGAAGUAAUAAUAUAAAACUUGAUUCUGCUAAAAUAGAUUUUAAUAAAACUUUUAAUACAGAACUAGCGUCAAGCUUAUCACGCCAAACUACAAACAACUCAUUACGAUAUUUUAAAAAACUUAAAAGAAAGAAACCAAUAUAUGAAUCAGAUUCUAGUUUUCUAUCAUACUCAUUAAACUCAUCGAAGGAUAAAUAUAAUUUAUCUGGUUUAAAAAAUGUGUCGAAUUACAAGAAAAAAAAACACGGGUUUAAGAAUAAAAAUACCGCAAAUCGUAAUUCAAUUGAUUUAAAUAAAGAAUUUGCAAACGCCUUUGAAUCUUCUUCUGAUUCUGAUUUUCCUGAUAUAAAAUAUUUAAGAAUUAUAUCAAAAAAUAAAGAAAUUAAUACUUCACCUGUUAGCAAAGAGUCAAAACAAAAUGAAUCUUAUUCGAGUUUAACAAAUAAGAAACGACCAACAUCGAUUGAUAUUUCUAAUAUUGCCGAAAAUAUUAGUAACGAUUUAGAAUCGUCGAUGUCAUCAGAUAUAACAGAUUUUGAUUUUUCUCAUGUAAAAACUGAUACUGUUAACUUUCAACAAAAAUAUCCUUAUACUAAUAAUGAACUGAACUUAGAUCAACUAUUAUCAGAUUGUAGUCUAUCUGAUGUAUUAAUCGUUAGAAAAGAAAACAGCAGUAAUACAAAUAGUCAAUUUUAUCCCACACCCGAUACAGAUAAUUCAAUUAUACAAAUUAAAACACCAUUAGACAUAAGUUUAGAUAUUUGUAAUGAGAUAGUAAAGCAACAACCAUCAAACGAUAUUAUAAACGUACCAAAUUUAAUUGAUAAUAAAGCUACAGAAGUUGAACAAACUAAAACGGUUGAUAAAAUUGAAAUGUUUAAACCAGAACUUAAAUUAAACAAUGACGAUUCCAAUAGUAAUGAAGCAAAAUCAUUUUCUAAACAAGGAUCGAAUUCUCAAUUAACAAUUGAAGAAAGUGUAAUACCUGAACCAGUUUGUAAUCAUUGUAGUCGUUCUAGUAAAUUAAAAAUUAAAAAAACCACUAAUACUAAAAUAAAAAAUACAAAACGAAGUAAAUUAAAAAGUUCACUUGAAAAAACACUGGGAAGUUCAUCGGAUAUUUUGCGAAUUAAAAAAUCGUGUGAUAAGAAAAAAAUAAAGAACUGUGUGAAAACAAAUGAAACUGUUGAAGAUAUUGGUCUAGAAUAUGAUACAGGUAAAGAUAACUAUAUGGUAGAGUUGCCAAAUGGAGCUAUAGUCCCAGUGUUUUUAUCGACAUUAAAACCAAAACAUGUAAAAAAACUUUGCGCUUGUGGAAUUCCUACAACUGAUAUUCCUCUUUAUUGGAGCGAAUCUUUUCACAAUCUUUUACAUCAAAAUAUUUAUAAAUUACGUUUUAAUGGCAAUGUAUUAGAUGAUGACACUGUUAAUAUUAAGCAAAAUGAUUUAUUCUUUAAAAUUUUAAUGUUACGUGAAAACCAUUAUAAUAAUGAUAACAUAAAAAAAUCAAUCAAAGAUGUGAAUGAUUUUGUGUGCUUAGAAUAUGGUAUUUCAAAUACAAAUAUUCAAUCAAAUAAAUAUUCUAUAUAUUUAGCGGUAUUACCCAAUUUUAAGGUGAUAGGAUAUUUAGAAGUGGAGCCCAUACAAAAAGCGUAUAAACUUACCAAUGACGAACAAUAUUCAGAAAAUACGAUUGUAUCCGUGAAAUUUGGUGUAUCAAAGGUAUGGGCAUUUAUUAAAUACAGACAUAAUAACAUCGAUAUUAAUUUGUUGGAAACAUUUUGUAAAAAAAAAAAUCUUCAAAAGAAAGACUUGGCUUUUUCUCUAGAUGGAUGUCAAGGAAUUCAAUUCAUUCAAAAAUACACAGGAAAUAAAAAUAUUUUAAUUUACAAUGAACUUUAAGCUUUAAUUGUUAUAAAUACUUAUAUACGUCUAUAUAUUAUAGUAUCAGCUGGAGAUAAUAAUUUGUGAUUUUGUAAGAUUAUAAGUACCUACUUACUCAAAUUUUGUAACUUCAUAAAUAAAAAGAUGUUAUAUUUUCAAAUACCUACUAAUUACAAUAAUAGCUAAUAAGU